UUAACUUAAUUUUGUGUGUAUAAAAAUACCUUCGAGCAUAAAGGGGGAAAAGUGGGGGCACAGCAUAUGAAGUUUCGGAUUUUCAAUACUUUCGGAGAAUAUAGACUAAUUUGUCUCCGAAUUCUGCGACCUGUAGCUUCCACCACUUUUCGUCCUUAUUCUACAGAAUCACUUAGAACAGCUGUGAUGGUUGCAAAUGACUAUUUUCCUCCUUUGUUCAGUGUGGCCCCAAUGAUGGACUGGACAGAUCAUCACUAUAGGACUCUUGCACGUCUCUUGUCAAAGCACACUUGGCUCUACACGGAGAUGCUUGCUGCUGAAACAAUUGUUUAUCAAAAGGGAAAUCUGGACAGAUUCUUGGCAUAUUCUCCAGAUCAACAUCCUAUUGUGCUUCAAAUUGGUGGAAGUAAUUUAGAUAAUUUGGCAAAAGCAACUGAACUGGCAAAUGCGUAUUGCUAUGAUGAGAUCAACUUCAACUGUGGAUGCCCAAGUCCUAGAGUAGCUGGACGUGGAUGCUUUGGUGCACGUCUUAUGCUUGAUCCAAAGUUUGUUGCAGAGGCUAUUUCAUUGAUUUUUGCCAAUACAAAUGUACCUGUUACUGUUAAAUGUCGAAUUGGUGUGGAUGAUCAUGAUUCCUACAAUGAAUUGUGUGAUUUCAUUUACAAGGUUUCUUCUCUAUCACCUGCCAAGCAUUUCAUAAUUCACUCAAGGAAGGCAUUGCUUAAGGGCCUUAGCCCAGCUGAAAAUCGGAGUAUUCCUCCACUGAAAUAUGAAUACUUUUAUGGCCUCUUACGAGACUUCCCUGACUUAACAUUUACAAUCAAUGGGGGUAUUACUAGUAUUGAUGAGGCCAAUGGAGCUCUAAAGGCCGGGGCCCAUGGUGUUAUGGUUGGACGUGCUGCAUACCAUAACCCUUGGCAUAUUUUGGGACAUGUUGAUUCUGCAAUUUAUGGUGCACCAAGUAGUGAUCUUACACGUCGUCAGGUUCUUGAGGAAUAUCAAGUAUAUGGGGACUCAGUAUUAGGACAAUAUGGACUCGGCCCAACUGUGCGAGAUAUUGUGAAGCCUUUACUUGGUUUUUUCCAUUCUGAGCCUGGGAAUGGGCUUUGGAAGCGCAAAGCAGAUUCAGCAGUCCAAACUUGCACGACAAUUAAAUCAUUUUUCGAAGAAACCCUUGUAGCAAUUCCUGACUCAGUCUUGGAUUCACCUAUGGCGGAACCACAAUAUGGUCGUGGAGAUCUCUUUGCUGACAUACACAACUUGCUACCUCCACCAUACACAACAAGACAAGAGAGUGUCAUAUAAAUAAGUCGAUCUGAUAUCUAUUAUAGGAAACUGACUCACAUGUAACCCAUUGGAUGGAGAAACUUGUGAAAAACAGGGGACUGCAAUUCUGCAAUUCUUUGUGAUUUGAUUUGUUUACUAAUGAUUUUGAUCAAUUAUGUAAUGUGUUAGCGUCAUCACUUUAGAUGAAUGUUGGGUAGUUCAUAUUACAGGUAAGACCAACAUGGCAUUGGCAUUAUUUGAGAAAAAAAAGGACUUGGAAAUGUUUUGCAA